AUGGCGCGAUCGUUUGCAGACGAUAAUGCGAUACCCAACGACUGGCGUACUCGACAGCCAGGGGUUGCUAUCUGGAUCGUGAUCGCCAUCUUUCGGAGCAUUUUGGAGGUAUUUUUCUACAGCAUCUACUACAUCCCGAGCUCUUUGCGACAGAGUCCAACAUGGACCUAUCGUCAGGCAUGCAUGACACGGCUGUUUGAGAGAGUGUUCCAUAUAAUCACCGAAAUUGGCUUCACGCAAUCUUUGAGCUUGGAACCGGGCAACCUUGGCGAUCGCUGGGUGACCAUCGACCCAGGCCCAGCCUCCGCGUAUCGUGGCGACUUCUGGAACGAUACUAUCAAGCCAGAGACGGUCGGCGGUACCUGGUACCCGGAGCUACCAUCGAAGCAGUCGCUACUGGAAGAACAAGGCCUAGUGGUUUUGUCCUUCCAUUCUGGCUCGCUUCUGUUGUUGACUGGACGGCCAGAGGACUCAGGGCCCACAGCAACCCUGCUGAACAACAAGCUGGGCAACAAUGCUCGCUCUUUUUGGCUGCAGUACCGUCUUGCUGGUGGCAGUAACCCAACACCGUAUCCCGGCGCCAUGCAAGACGCGGUGACAGCAUACAUCUACCUCACCAAAGAAAUGGGAAUCUCCCCGUCGCGCAUCGUCCUCGCGGGCGAUUCCACAGGCUCGACCAUUGCAAUGGCCCUUCUGCGCUAUCUUGUCUCCAUCAAAGAUAUACAAGAUCAUCCACUGGCGGAACUUCCAUCUCCAAAAGCAUGUCUUCUAUUUUCGCCCUCGGUCGAGUAUUGCUUCGAAGGCGAUCCUGAAGCCGUAAGCUCGAAUCGUAAUAUCAAGUCCGACUAUGUUGAGGCGCGUAUGAUGGCAUGGGGUGCAAGGGGUAUUGCGCCACCUGAGAUUGUGCGACUGGAUGAUCCGUAUAUCUCUCCGGCACUGCACCCAUUUGCAACCCCCGUUCCCAUUUUUGUUCAGGCGGGAGGUGCGGAGGUGCUCUGUGACAGUGUUCGUGGAUUUGCCAACGCGAUGAGCGCUGUGCCGGGCAAUCUGGUUGAAUAUCUCGAAGUUCCGGACGUGCCGCAUGAUGUUUAUGCUGCGGGGACUAUGCUCGGAUGGUCGAAGGAGGAGGAAGAGAUCCAUGAAGCUGCGGCCAGAUUUGUUCUGCAAUAA